GACGAUUCCCGCCCGACGUCGUUUUUCUGGAACUGAUACGUACAAGCCCUAACUUCAAAGUUGAGAUAUCUUUUUGAUUGUGGAGUUUCUUCCUACCUCCCUUUGAUUCAAUUGAUAGCAAUCCCCUAAUUCUCCAUCCAGAAGGGAAGAAUUGCAGCAAAUAUGAAGAGGGCAGCGCCCUGGAGCGAUGGGGAGGAGGAAGACGAUGACCGUUCAUCCUCCGAUACUGAUUCUUCAACCCUCGACACCGACACUGAAGAUGAAAAAGAUUCUACUGAGAAAACCGCUACUAAAUCCAAAGCUUCCUCCAAACUCAAAGCCUCUCAAGUUGAGUCGGCUAAUAAGAAGCAGAAGCGCAAAAAAGGCAUAGAUUUGGAGGCACUGAGAAGGCAUGGGUAUAAAGGCGGACUAUCAGUCAUGGGGGUGCCUCCACCGAGGGAGGCCGUUGAUGAGAAGCAGGAUUGGUCCUGGUCGAAGGGCCUGGAAACUCGGGCUAAGGAGACUGAAGAAACUUUUACGGAUAGGCAGAUUACUAGAGCUGCCAUCCUCCAAGGAGAGCAACUGUUGCCCAAUGCUGCCUCAUCUGCUAGAGACAAGAGGGAGCUGUCAUUCUCACAGAAGGAGAAGAGGAAGAGAGACCUUGGUCAGGCCAGUAGGGGCAAGAAUUAUGUUGAAGAAGAGAAGAGGCUUUUGAGGGAGAGUGGGAUUUACUCUGGCUUUGAUUCUUGAUUUGGAAUAUAGACACCGUCAAUCUCUUAUGGCGGUCAUUUUUCUGCAGUCUGCUCAUGUAAGAACAACUUUUAGUUGUAUCAUUUCUGCAGUGGAUCUCCCUGCCAUGGCCAUAGCAUUUUAAUGCUGUAUUGCUCUCUCCACUCUCCAGCCAAAUUCCUAACGGUUCCCCAACCUUUCUCCAAUUGUGUACCUUCGUUAUGUUGCUUGAAUAUUCCUCCAUUGAUCACAUGGGAUAAGAUCUGGACUUUGUAAGAUGAUAUGUAAUCCCUCUUUUUGGUCGAUUAUGAUGGUUAUGCUACAAUUUUGUUUCUCA